AUGCAAAAUUUGGUUAUUGGAAAUUUAAAGAUACUGAAAGUUAUUUCAGGAUCAAUUAAAUAUCCUUGUAUUUCUAUAGACCAGUGUUGUGAAUAUGCAAGAGCCAAAUGUGAACUUAUAUACUAG